AUGCCUCGCUUCAUUACCGUGCUUGGGGUCUUGCGGUGGUAUCCUCGGUAUGGAAUCAGCCCACCGGUCCAACUUUUGGGAUUCGUUUUUUUUCGCGAGUCUGCGCAAUGUGCUAGAAAGAGAAAGGCUGGUGGCCGCUGCGCGGGCGCCUGUGGACUCGGGUGUGGCAUGGAAGGCCGCAUUUGGGGUAAACGGUCCCUCGGAAGAUGUGUGCUUUGGGUUGCGCAGCCCAGCUUUCGAUAUGUUUUCAUGACGCAGGAGAUGUUGGCCUUCUUUAGCGACUUCGAAGCGUCUCCGGAAGCUGGCUUCCGCGUCUGCUUCCUCGGGCAUGAGCAACACACGUGGCUCAGCGUGAAGUGUGCAAGCGCAGUGCAAGGGCCUGCCAGGGCCGAGGCACAGACCCCACUGACCCAAAGUGCUAGGCGAGAUAUGUCCAAGGUUGGAGCUGGCUCUGCAGUGCGGUGCUGA